AUGGCAGAAGUGAUCAUUCACGUAUAUUACGUUACAAAUAUUGAUUCCGGCAAUGAAAACCUAAAUUUUGCCGUCGUUCAACUCAACAACGUCUGCAAACAAGGCAUCCCUAUCAGCGGCGUCUUUCACACCGCCAUCCAGGUUUACAGAGACGAGGAAUGGGGAUACUGGCAGACGGACAAAGGCUCCGGUGUUUACACCUGUCCUGCCGGUAAAAACCCGAUGUAUGCAUACCGUGAAUGUAUAGUUCUCGGAAGAACAGAUUGCACCGCUGCCAAGCUGAGUCAGAUCCUAAAAGAACUUAGCCAGGAGUGGCCGGGCAAUAAAUAUGAUCUGCUGGAGAAAAACUCUAACCAUUUCAGUAAUGAGUUGUUGCAGAGGCUGGGAGUGCCAAAGCUUCCGGCAUGGGUAAAUAGGUUUGCUAAUGUCAGAGAUACUGCCUGUGAAACAUCACAGAUGCUGCAAAAUACUAAGGAUAAUAUGUUAACUGCCGGAAAGGAGGCAUAUAAGAAUGCCAUUGAUAGGGCUAUUAAGACUCCCAAGUCUCUUUAUCGGACCAUAACCCGGCCAUGA